CCUCUGAUAAUGGUCUCGACCUGUCACGUCCUCGUUUGUUUGUACAGAAGUUUUAUUUUGGAAAAGUUCCUGCUGGAAAAUGAAGCCCAGCCGAGCCGAAUAGCGCCGCUUUACGGUUCAGUCAAUGUGGCGAGACACCGAGGACGUCGGCUUUGGGUUUAGCAGCGGCAGCUUUGUGUGAAGGAAGAGGAAAAGGAGGGAGAGCAGAGGAGAAAUGUUGAGCUGCACUGAAGACUCUGAGGACUUCAGGCUGAAGUUUCCUCUGCACUGCCUGGUGUGGGAGAACGACUACCGGAGCCUGGAGAAGGAGCUGCCCACGCAUAACAAAGAGGAGGUGGACCCCCGAGGCCGGACCCCGCUACACCUGGCCGUGUCACUGGGACACCUGGAGUCUGUCAGAGUGCUGCUGAGACAUGGCGCCGAGGUGACCAAAGAAAAUGCCAAAAACUGGACUGUCCUCCAGGAGGCGGUCAGUACUGGAGACCCGGAGAUGGUGCAGCUGGUCCUGCAGCGGCGUGAUUACCUCAAAGCCUCCACUGCGCUGGGGGGCGUGCCAGAAUUACUGUGCAAGAUCCGAGAGUCUCCAGAUUUCUACAUGGAGAUGAAGUGGGAGUUCACCAGUUGGAUCCCGCUGGUGUCCCGCGUGUGCCCGAGCGACGUAUGUCGGAUCUGGAAGAGCGGAGCCAGUCUGAGAGUGGACGCCACCCUGCUGGGCUUCGAGAACAUGACCUGGAUUCGAGGGAGACGCAGCUACAUCUUUAAAGGAGAUGACAGCUGUGCUGAGCUGAUGGAGGUGAACCAUGAUGAGGAAGUGGUGGACACGGAGAGCUUCGACAUCUCCAGAGAGAUCGAGGAGGUCACGCUCGACUCCAUGCAGCCCAACGAGCAGGAAGUGGCCAAGCGCCUGACCACGCCCAUCAUCAACACUUUCCUGGACACCAAGGACAUCUGCUUUGAGAGGUGUAAAUCUGGAAUCUGGGGCUGGAGAACGGACAGAACGGAAGUUGUAAACGGAUUUGAAGCAAAGGUGUUCUCAGUCAACAAUGUGAACCUUGUGAUUCGGACGAGGACGGAGCACCUCACUGACGAAGAGAAGGCCCGAAUAAAAAGUGAAAGGAACAUCCUGGAAUCUUUUCUUGGGACAGUAGAGCAGCAGAUCAGCGCUCAAGGGGAUUUGACUCUGGAGUACGCCACGGCCACGAACCCCACCGCCAUCACUCCAGAGGAAUAUUUCAAUCCAGACUUUGACCUGAAAGACAGAGACAUCGGCCGACCCAUCGAGCUCACCAUCAGAACCCAAAGGUUUAAGGGUACACUGUGGAUGAGCGAGGAGCACCCCCUCUCACUGGUGGAGCAGGUGACCCCAAUCAUCGACCUGAUGGCCCGAACCAGCACACACUUCGCCCGUCUCCGAGACUUCAUCACCCUCCGCUUCCCCCCAGGCUUCCCUGUCAAGAUCGAAAUUCCGUUGUUCCAUGUGCUCAACGCUCGCAUCACGUUUGGAAACGUGAACCAGUGCAGUACGGAAGAGCCUGCAGACGCGAGUAAAUUGGCUGCUACGCCGUCACCAACAGACCAGAGCCCAGGAGAGGGCAGCGAAGCCUCAGGCCCCACCCUUUUCCGAGUGUGCCCUUCUGUGUUCACCGUUCCAGCUCACUACCGCCUCCGUGGGGGAAACAGACACAGCGCGCCGCGCCACCAGGUGUCCAACCAUGACGAGGAGCUGCUGCAGUUCGCCAUUCACCAGAGCCUCCUGGAGUCCAGUGGCUACAGCCCACAGGACUCUUGGGGUGAUUCUAAUGGAAUUCUGACACAAAGCAUGGUGAACAGCCUCAGUGACGGGACCGUCUCGGAAGGCGUCCCAGACCUGGACACCACGCCCACCAGCUCAGGCUCCGUCUCCAGCCCAGACUCGGACCUGCGGCUGGCCAUAGAGCUGUCCACCCGCGCUCAGGAGGAGGAGGAUAAGAGGCGGAGAGAAGAGGAGGAGGAGCUGGAGAGGAUUCUGCAGCUUUCGCUGACGGAGAAAUGAGAGGACGAGGAGACGGGGAAGGACUAGAGGGAGAGUCCGUUUCCCAUCUUUGCCAUAAACCUCAGAUCUCUUCGUCUGCACUCAAGUUCCGAUGCAGCCAGCCACUUCGCACUCUGCCACUCACUCGCGUACGCCUGCGUGUUUUAGUCUAAGUUUCGUUAAGGAAGAAACUCCUUUCUCAGCCUCAAAUUUAAGUACAUGGUUCCCUUAACUCAUAUCUGAUGAUCACAGAAGCUUAUUUUUUAAAGAUUUACUGGGUCUUCUAAGGAUAACUCUUUUUCGGCCUCUCGAGAUUCUGAGAGGAGGUCUGAGCUGCUUCUUUGAGAUUAUGUUGAUAAGAGUGUGUGUUCGUAUGUGUCCAUGAAAGGCCAAAUCUGGUGUGUGUGGGUGUGUGUGUGCGUAUGUGUGUGUUCUGAGCUGUUUCUUUGAGAUUAUGUUGAUAAGAGUGUGUGUUCGUAUGUGUCCCUGAAAGGCCAAAUCUCGUGUGUGUGUGUGUGUGUUCUGGGUGUUUAUAUUUGUGGUUUGAGUAGCAGAACUGUAAAAGUAAGGCCUGUUUGGUUUUAUCAUGAGCUUUCCUAUCAUCACAGUAUCUCAGGGUUCUUCUUGGUUCCUGAAAAAGUGUUCGGUAAUGUCCUUUCAAGUCUCCGCCCACAAAUGCAUGCUUUCAGAACUGAUGUUAGGUUGCUUUAGUAAUGAGAAACCGUAGAACAGACUCGGAUUAUAUCACAAUACCUACAUGUAGAGUUGAUCAUUUAGUCUAAAGAGAACACAACCCAAUGUAAAGGUAGGUAUUGUGAUCUAAACUGUUUCUCGUUAGGCUGAAUGAGAUUUCUGCCAGCGUUGUGUAAAGCUUGUCCAACCUCACAAAGAAUGCUAUGAAAACACAUUUGUGGGCGGGGCAUGUACAGGGCACUGCAGUUGAGAACAGAAUGUUCUGUCAAGUAUCGAUGGUCUUGGUUCCCCAUGCUUGGAAAAUGGAGUCAAGUUAAUUAGAGAUCUACCGCCCUGCAGAGGUUAAGUCCAGUCCAUUACUGUGGUUUUACUGGUCAGUUCCAAUCUUACUCACCUGAUCCAGCUAAUGAAGGUUGUGGAAGCCAGAGGUGUUUGGACAGAAUGGAUCUUAAGAGUCAUCAGAACCUUGUAUUGGUCAUCCCUGUACAUUUACAUUUACGGCAUUCGGCAGAUGCUCUUAUCCAGAGCGACUAGCACUUUGACCGUUGUACACAGGUAGGCAAAGGCAGCAUUAGGAGUCUAGCCCAAGAUCGGUGUAGUGUAGGGUGCUUGCCCAGCCCGGGGAUUGAACGCCAGUCCACAGUGUAGAGGACAGGUGUUACCCACUACCCACUUAGAUUUAUGCACUUAGAUAUCUACCACCAUGGAGUGGUCACUUCCAAACACCUACAUAUUGCAAAAACAUGUCAGUAUUGCAGAGACCAAUACUGUGAUAUAAGCUAACAAAUGUUAAUACUGUCCAGCCCCUUUUACACAGAUACACUGCACUGGAUUUGGGACUUCACUCUGCAGGGCGGUCAGUCUCCAGGACGAGCGUUGGAUGGCCCUAGGCCGAAGGCUUCCACAUAUCCGACCCCGUUCGUGUGGGUGUCGUCAGACAGCUUCAGACGAGAGCACCUCAACUCCGAAAGCAAUACUAAAACCACCGUGCCUCCUCACUGUGAAAGACGAGCCUUCGUCCUGCUCGAGACUCUUCUACCGUAGACUUAGUGAUGCAAGUAGGCCUCAAGCUUUUUGUCCUUGCCUCGUUUUCUGCUCUCCAGCUAUCGGCACCACAGCUAUGGGACACGGAGAGGAACCUUUAUAGCACAGCUUGAGUAUUCAAAAAGUGGACCCCAGUUGCAGUUGAUCAGUCAAGGCAAGUUUGGCAUUAGAAGCUAUGAGGCUAGUUGUUGAGCUUCCAGCCAAUCACGAUCGCAAUGUUUUAGGUAAUGAUUAGUGGUGAGAUGAAUAACUGUGAUUUUUUUUUUUUUUUUUUGUGAUUUUGAUCCAAGCCAAAAAAUGUCAAAUUUGGCUAGGUUGCUUCCUCGCCUUCGAUACUUGAGUAGCUCACAAUAGACAACAGAAACAGCUGAAGCUCAAAUAGACAGAUGUCUCUCACCGCCGCCCUCUAGCUUGGUGUUGGUGUUGUAGCACCUGACACAGAUUUGGGUUUUUUUUUGUUUUGUUUCUUUGUUUGGUUUUGUUUUUUUUUUAAGUGCAUUUGUCUAAACCCAUUUGACAGUAAUGCUCCAAAUUCACAAAGGGCCUCAUUCACCAUCCAUUCUUAAGAAGAAUUUUUUUCUUAAAACCUACUUGCGUGGUUUUCACAAAGGUUCUGACAUCCAAAACAGAAUCUACACACACUCAAGAGCACAAAGGAGUGAACAGUUCUUUGCUUUAAGAACACGUCUGAAUCUGAUGUAGACUAUUCCUUAGGACUUUUCUCAAGAAUAAAUUUAAGAACAAGCUUGGGAAGAUACUGGUGAAUGAGCCCAAUUGUUUGUUGCAGCAUAAACAUAUUGUGAAAUGUUAGAACUGUGGGGAAUAAUUAUACUCAGCUCAAAUAAUUUCAAAUAUGUCCAUAGCAUUAGCCUCGUAGCUCAUAUGGCAAAACUACUCGACACCAAAUACAUCUUGGCUGGUCAGCCACAUUUUGGCUAAUGGCAGAAAACUGCGACUCGAAUUAUUCCCCCAGCUGUGGCUUUAAGUUCUGACCGGUGGUUUGAACUGCUGUAGGUUCAGCAGGAUGGUGAAGAAGGUGGAGAAUGCGGGCGAGCUUGUUCUGUGGUAUUCCGAAACGAGGCUUACUCUGCCCUGUAGAGGUGCUUUCCUUCAGCUUCUAGCUCAAAAGCAGCCAACGCAAAAAAAUGUUUUGUCUGGUUUCUGUUGAGGGCGAGGCUUUGUUUGGGUUAUAUGGCCUAAUUAGCCUCUGAAGGUGUCUGGCAAGUGGAGUUAGGGCUCAGCUUCCAUCGUCCGUCACCAGGUUUUGGUUUUUUAAUAAAGCAGUUGCUUUCAUAAGAAAUUUUACAUGCGAUGAUAUCGAUCCAAUUCGCUGCACAACUUUUACUGAUAUUGUAGCUGCUCUUAGUGCAACAGACCAAACCUACAGCAUUGCGAGUGAACAUUUCCAGUUUGUGGCUCAUUUUAUAACUUAAUUGUUUUUUGAUCUUAUACUGUACGUAGGCUACAUAAACAACAAAUGACAGGAUGGCUGUGAUGGAAGAUAAACGACAGGGCAUAGGCAGCAUUCGAGUCCAAUUAUUCUGAAGCAGACCUUUUAUAUCUGGUGUUUUCUUGGGUCUCUCUCGCUAACUUUCAAGGAACUAAUUGCCAAAUGGCCUAAUGAGCUUCGCCAUAUCAGGGUGAGCAAAAGCUAAUUGUUUUCAAAUAACUGUCCUGUUUGAACUGAGAACAUGGUAAAAUCUAAUCUUGCUGAAGAAAUCCAGAAGGCAUUUGUAAACUGUGAUGUCUGUUUGAGGGGAAAAAAAUGUUUUCAGUUAAAUAAAAGCACUUUAUAUGACUUAA